AUGGACGUGGAAAUGCAUGAAGCCGCACCAACUCCAACUCUCCGUUCGGCAAUCACCGUGCCCCGCUCGGCAGCACUGCCAGUAGCAGCUCCGUGUUCUGCUGCGCCACGUACCGCAACAGCCCCGGCCGCAGCGCCACGCAACGUCACGCCUUGUCCCGCCGCCGCUCCGAUGGCACCACCCCGUGCUGAGCUUCCACAAAAGAGCCCAUCAGAAAUGCAAAGCGAGUAUGCAGCCGCCGCAGCGCCAGCAAGUCGCGCAAGCGCAUGGGUGCUGCCUCAAUUGCUUGGCGCUAUCCCACGAAACGAGGGAAUGCGACUCCCCCAUCAGGUGGCAACUAUGCGACAGACCGCAUCACACCGCAUGUUCGGACGUCCGAUGAUCGAGACGCCAGUGCCACGCAACCAUGGGCGGCGAAGACCGCACGACAGCAGUACAGCAAAAUCGCGGCGACCACCAGUACAGCAGGGUCACCGCACUUGGAACCAUCCUGGGGCUCGAUAUCGCGCUGCAGCGGUCACACAUAGCCGGCACCAGCCUACGCAACGCCCCCGUCGUGCAACCGCAAUCAGCAACGUAGUGGAUACCCUGCAGCAACUACUAGGUUGA